AUGCAGCUCACCGUCGCCUUCACCGCCUUCGCCAGCGUCCUCGCUACCGCCGUAAUCCAGGUCAUAGCCACUCCCGCUAUGGCCUCUCCAGAGUCUGCUCUUGCCGGUGUCAGCGCCAAUGCGGACUACCUCAUGAACCACGCCGCGCGAAACUCCCCGAAGUCAUCCAUCUGCGCUACAUAG